AUGCGCCUCUUCCUUACCACCAUCCUCUCCCUCACCGCUGCCUCCUCAGCCUUCAUGUUCGACGGCUUUUCCGAGGAAAACUGCGGCGGCACGAUGCAAGGCGGAAUCAACGUGUAUGAUGGCAGCUGCGCGGAAUGGAUCGCGCCGCUCAAGUCGUUCCGCUUCACCGUGCAUGGUGGGAACCACCAGGCCGCGUACUUCUUCCGCGACAACCACUGCGGGAAUCUGAACAACGUCGCGAUUAAGAACUGGGUUGAUGGGGGUACCAGCUGGCAGAUUGGGGCGUGCUACAAUGUUGGAGGGACGGCGGAUGCGGUGGCUAGUUACAAUGGGUAGAGAGAGACCGAGGACGGAUGUCUCCUGGCAGUUUGGUUGUCAGGGGCAAGUUCUUGAGAAGGGAGUGGAGUAGAGUG